UAUAUUAAUGAAAAAGUUAAGAGAUAAUAUUAAUCCAUUCGACUUAACCAAUGAACAGUUUAUAAAAGUGUUUCACCUAUCAAAGGAAACAGUUAUUUAUAUAUGUGAUUCACUUCAGUGUAUUUUACAACGUAAAGGAAGAAAAGGAUUAAGUGUAGAAACACAGACUCCUAUCAAAAAAGUAUUGGUAAUGAUUACCUGAUAUCUGUAUCACAACCAGCUACUAGCAGAGCAAUAAAAGCAGUAGCGAUGGGUAUUACACAAUUGCUUGCCAAUGAGUGGAUCAAAUUCCCAAAUACAGAUGAAAAACGAGCAGCUUUAAAAGAAAGAUUUCAAAAGGAAAGAAAUUUUAAAGGAGUAAUAGGCUGCAUAGAUUGCACUCAUGUUGCUGUUGUAAGACCAACACAUCACGAGGAAUCAUAUUUAAACCAUAAAGGUUUUCAUUCCAUUAAUGUUCAGGCAAUAGCAUCACACGAUUUGGAAAUCUUAAACAUCAAUGCCAGAUUUCCUGGAAGUGUCCACGAUAACUUUAUAUGGAGACAUUCUGCCAUAAGGGAUUUUAUGCAACAAUUAUAUGAUUCCGGAGAUCGAUCAACAUGGCUUUUGGGCGAUGCAGGUUACGGUUUGGAACCUUGGCUGAUGACACCUAUCACAGAUGCAGCAGCAGAAAGCGCAGAAGCAAGAUAUACGCAGUGUCACACAUCUACAAGAAAUUGUAUCGAAAGAACUUUUGGACUUUUAAAAAAUGUGUGGAGAUGUCUUCUUAGUCAUCGUGUGCUACAUUACGCACCCAUCAUUUAA